GAGAAACUACCGAGACAAUGGUCUUUGAGGUAGAGUAAAGUUACACCUUAGAUGAUAUUCUGGACUGGUUCUGGAAGAACAAGAUUCUUGAACUUCUGUGUAUCCCAGUCCUACUACUCUGAGUCCUUCGGAAAGUCAUUUUAUGGAGCAGCUAAAGAUCUGGCCAGGGACCCGUGAGCAGGCUUUUGACGUCUGUUCUAAAUCUUACUUGGACAGGUCCAGAAUGUUUCCCUUAUUGUCCGAGUCUACGACGAUCCUGACCACCAUCGCCUUCGGCAACUCCGCUGAUCUGGAAGCAGAAUGGAUCGGGUCUGACAAUCAAGGAAAGAUGGAGAGCUUCCUGAUGCCACGGUCCUUGAAAACUGGAUUGCUGUUGUAUGAUGAAUGUGAGCUGGAAUUGAUCACCUAUUGCAGCUGGUCAGUGAAGGCCCACAGGCUGCCCCGGAGACAAUAUUGCUUCGAUAACGAGUAUCAACGUCCAGUGCUACUGUGCGGAAUUCCCGAGAGAACACUCUUGGGCCUGAGGACUCUUUUACAACGAAUUUAUUUGAUACGUGGCUCAAUGCGUGUUGCGGAAGAUCGAAUCAUAGCAAGCGCUACAAAUCAAAAUCCUCCAUCCAUUCAUUGCUGCUGUUUUAUUGAAACGGGUGUCUAAGCGUCUGCCAGCAGUGCUACUUUCGACAUUAUGUGUACAGAGUCUUCUCUUUUUGCGACCAAUGUGCAACGUCCUUCUCAAACCCCGUGAAGCCGAUCUUCAAUCCUGGAGAAUCGUCCCGCAUGCAUCCUUCGGCUUGACUGCGCCC